AUGACUGAGGAAACACACAUACUUCCAGAGGCCAAGCGUCAGAAAACAGAGGCUGCUAUUCCAGAGCGCGUCAAAGGCGUGACUCCUAUCAAGCCUGAGUAUCUUAUUGUACGGGACAUUACAACUUCAGCACCAGAACCUGCUUCUGCCACUUCUUUUGAUGAUGAUGCCGAGGGUGGUGGUGUUGCCGAACGCGCCGAAAGCAGCGGUCAAUCAGGUGAUGCUGGGAAAAACCGACGAGAGCGUAAGGCAAAGCGCAAAGAGACACGGGGUCAGAACAAGGGCCGACGAAUGGUACAGGCUAAGGAUACGGUCAAGUUUUGUGAUGCUGUUAACACGCGACUUGUCAAGUAUUUUGCGGAGCGUGAUUCUAGCGCACCUGAAGAUGAAGUUCCUCCUGUUGAGUGCGUGUAUGGUGACUCGUGCCGGUUUGAGCAUGACGCAGCAACGUAUCUCAAGGCCAAGCCUGAGGACUUGCCAGGAGUGUGCCCUGUGUAUGCAGCCAUUGGAUAUUGUCCAUCAGGGUUGAGAUGCCGUUGGUUGCAUUCGCACUAUAUUGUUCGAGAGGGCCGAUCGAUGGGUGAGUUAAAGGUGGACAAGGCCAAGUACGAGAAGUCUGUGAAGGAGGAUUACGAGGUAAAUCGGGUGCCUGCUGCGACACUGAACUUGCUGCAACGCAAGAAGUUUGAUUUUCCAUUGAGUGAUCAGUACAUUAAGUAUUUGGAUGGACGAGUUGCAUUUAACCGCAGGAUGCACACCAAGGAUGUUCCUGAGGAGCCUAAGAAAGAGUCUAAGGAAGAACCUAAGGAAGAAUCUAAGGAAGAAUCUAAGGAAGAAUCUAAGGAAGAAUCUAAGGAAGAAUCUAAGGAAGAAUCUAAGGAAGAAUCUAAGGAAGAAUCUAAGGAAGAAUCUAAGGAAGAAUCUAAGGAAGAAUCUAAGGAAGAAUCUAAGGAAGAAUCUAAGGAAGAAUCUAAGGAAGAAUCUAAGGAAGAAUCUAAGGAUACGGAAGUUUCGGACGCUCCCAAGAAUUCCACCGAAACUUCCACAGAAGCUUCCACGGAAAGCGGAAAGAAGACGGCAGUGGAAGACAACCGGGCCACAUACAUUGAUCCUCCUUUCCAACCUGCGGAAAAGCGACGCAUUAAUUUGGACCGCAAGUAUAUUGUUUCACCACUAACAACUGUGGGCAAUCUACCAUACCGGCGGCUGAUGAAGACGCUUGGUGCGGAUGUGACAUAUGGCGAGAUGGCACUUGCAUUGCCAAUUGUGAUGGGUCAAAAGUCUGAGUGGGCAUUGCCACGCGCACACUCUUCAGAAAUUGGUAAGUUUGGUGUGCAAAUCACGGCAGCUAAACAUUGGCAGGCUAUUAAGGCAGCCGAGGCUAUUUCUAAACUAAGUGCUCCUGGAGCACUUCAGGAACUUAACCUUAAUUGUGGAUGUCCAAUUGACCUAGUUUAUCGAUCUGGGGCUGGAAGUGCGUUAAUGGAUAACCCAAGCAGAUUGGUACGUAUUUUAGAAGGUAUGAAUGCUGUGUCUGGAGAAAUUCCAGUUACAGUUAAGAUUCGUACGGGCACUAGAGAUGACCGUUCAACUGCAGUGGGGCUAGUUCCAAGAUUGGUUUCAGAAGGUCAGGUAGCAGCAAUUACGAUUCAUGGACGAUCGCGCGCUCAACGAUACACGAAGCUAGCAGAUUGGGGGUAUAUUGGGGAGGUUGCAUCGACGGUGCGACAAUUGCGAGAAGAAACUUUGGAUGAAAAGGGAGGUCGAUAUGUGAAGCCAUGGGUGAUUGGUAAUGGUGAUGUUUAUUCUUGGGAAGACUGGUAUAAUGCAGUUGAUUGUGAGGAUGAAAAUAAGCGGGUAGAUAGUGUGAUGGUUGCUCGAGGUGCACUUAUUAAACCAUGGAUUUUUGAAGAGAUUGAAGCUAAGCAGCAUUUGGACAAAUCUGGGACUCAGAGAUUGGAAUUAUUACAAAAAUAUGCUGAGUUUGGGUUGGAGCAUUGGGGUAGUGAUGAGUAUGGAGUGAAUUUGACUCGCAGAUAUAUGUGUGAGUUUUUGUCUUUUACUCACCGGUAUGUACCUGUGGGAAUUUUAGCACAUUUGCCUCCACGGAUUAAUGACCGACCACCACCAUGGCAAGGUCGAGAUGAGGUGGAGACAUUGCUUGGAUCUUCUGAUUACCGGGACUGGAUCAAGUUGACUGAAAUGUAUUUGGGGCCUGCUGGUCAAGGGUUUGAUUUUACACCCAAGCACAAGAGUAAUGCAUAUUCUAACAGUAACACUGGAUGUCAACCAGAAGAUGCCAUUAAUGGUUAG